CCUUACCUAUAAUAGCCUUGAGGGUCAGUUCACACUACAUGCGUUUCAUGUGCUUUUUUUCUGCAUCCAAAAUGCACAGAAAGUAGGUUAUAUGUUUGUCAAUGUCAUAGUUCACAUCAGUGCUUGCAGUUCCAGUGCGAUACGGUUGCAAAAAAAAAGUAGAACAGGCUGCAUUUUGUUCUGCACAGAACUGUAUUGGAACGUGGUAAAAUGCACAAGAACACACUGGAACGCACCAAAAACGCACUGGAAUGCACAUGUCCCUAUUUAAAUUGAAGAAAAAGAGGGGGGAAAAUUAACUAGAAUACAUA